AUGUCCACUUCCUCACCCUCGAGUAUGUCGAUUCAGGAGUUGGCGUUCCAGAGUGAGUUCUACAUUGGUCUGGGUCUGGCGAUCUCCUCCAGUGUCUUCAUCGGAUCGAGUUUUAUCAUCAAGAAGAAGGCGCUGAUCCGGAUGACCAGAGUGGGCGCUGUCCGGGCGGGUUCUGGUGGAUUUGGCUACCUCAAGGAGUGGAUCUGGUGGGCAGGACUAAUCUGCAUGGGAGUCGGAGAAGCCGCCAAUUUUGCUGCUUAUGCCUUCGCUCCGGCCUCCCUGGUCACUCCUCUGGGCGCUCUCAGUGUGAUUGUGGCAGCGGUGAUGUCCUCGAAGUUCCUCAACGAGAAGCUGAAUCUCCUGGGGAAACUCGGGUGUUUUCUGUGCAUCAUCGGCAGCGUAAUCAUCGUGAUUCACUCACCGAAGGAGGUGGAAGUGGAGGAUCUGGACAUUCUGCUGGACAAGCUGCAGGACACGAGCUUCCUCAUCUACGUACUCGUCAUCAUAUCCGUCUCACUGAUGAUUGCCGUGUACUUCGGGCCGCGCUUUGGCCACUCCAAUGUCAUCUUCUACGUCCUCCUCUGCUCGUCCAUCGGGAGUCUCACUGUGAUGUCCUGCAAGGCGCUGGGAUUGUGCAUCAGGGACGUGAUCACGGGCAGAUCGCAGGACUUCUCCACGGCAAUGCCUUACAUUCUCAUCAUCACGACGGUGAUCUUCAUUGGCAUCCAGAUGAACUAUCUCAAUCGUGCGCUGGACAUCUUCAACACCAGCAUCGUCACGCCUGUGUACUACGUGAUCUUCACGACGCUCGUGAUCGUGGCGUCGGCCAUUCUGUUCAAAGAGUGGCGCCACAUGUCCGCGUCCGACGUCAUUGGCGAUCUGUGCGGCUUCUUCGUCGUCAUCGUGGCGAUUGUCCUGUUGAAUGCCUUCAAGGACAUGGACGUGGCGCUGAGCGACGUGCGCGGCAUCACGCGACCCAAGCGACAACUGCUGGAGCAGGGCAACCAGAUGGACGAGAUCCUCAUUGGCCAGCAGAAGCACACGUACGGCACGAAUGAGCUCGAGAGGAGGAUUUGACGCGACGCGAGGCUCCACAAGGCUGCACCCAAACUAAGUUAAUAAUCCAUAGACUGCAAUGACUUUUGUACCCAUCUUAGGCACUUAGGCGAAUAAAACCGUACGAAACUACAGCUAAAAUCGAGGAAUUUACUACAAUUCGUCACGAAAUAAUGUUAUCUCUCAAGUACUUAAGAAAUGAUACGAUCAUUACUAUUUUAGAGUGUUUCCGUGAAACUCGCAAAGAAACAGUUUUAUUGGGCCUUCCCCAGAAGGUUUUACACGCGUUUUACAGCCUUCUUUGACGAUCAUUGGAAUAAAUGUUGCUCUUCGACAAAUUUUAGUGAUUUCCUUGGGAAAUUAAAUAUUUUUCAAGCAUAAAAUGCCCAAAAAGGGAUAAAUUUUAUUGUUCUAUUGAUGAAUUGCAAUCUUCCGCCCAAUUUCUUCAUUCACCGCUCGCGAAUGGCUUGAAUUUGGUGGAUUUAUUGCAAAAAGUGCGCAAUUGUGGCGGAGCACAUAAAUCAGGAAUAUCGCGACAAGGGAAGCCAAAUUGCGGAAGAAGUCGUUGAGAUUGUCGGCGAUCGGCGGCCAAGAUGAUGGAUGAGGGAGAGAGAGAGACACACCCAACGACCAGGUGAUCCUCUCUGUGGCUGAGCGUGUGUGAAUU